GGCGGAUAUUCGAUAUACCACGUGGUUGUGAUCGUCGUCACAACGUCUACCAAAUACAUAUAGUAGCCCUUUCUACGAUCAUCGAACGCAUGAAUGUCAUCCGAAGCUGAAGGGUGGAACAAAGUGUUGUGGGAAAGACAGCCUUUUCCUGAUAAUUACAUUCAUCCUCACUCUUUCCUCUCUUCCUUGAGGCGGAACCCUAACUUCAAGCCGUACACCUAUUGGCCACUGGUACUGCUAUGCUGUGCGAUCACGCAGCACUUAGCGACAAUCUUCACAUUCCUCGCAGUUUUUGUGAGGCUCAAGGAACGCUGGCUUGAUGCCCGUGUCCUACUAUGGGUCUCGAUAGUUAGUUUCUUUGGAGGAUAUGUUCUGUAUGAGAUCCUCAGCUGUUCUAAUCCUGUUCGCGGUGCUUUCACCCGUACGCCCUGCACAUCCACCCCUGGACCCUUCAUUGAUUGGUUGCAUCAUUCAGGCUCCAAUACGAUCAAAUCGUCCCUUCUUGUUUUCCUCGCUUUGAUGGGAUUGUCACCUGUUUUGCGAACUUUGACUGCAGCAACGUCCUCGGACUCCAUUUGGGCGCUCUCAGCAUGCCUCUUCCUUCUUAACGCGUUGCUCGCCGAUUAUAGCUCCAUGAAACCAGUCCCACAGGAAAGACUGACAUCUGUACUGUCCAUGAAUGCCGCGAUCUCGUCAUCGGUUGUCUUGGCCUCGCGACUGCCUGACGAUUUGGCCGUCUUUGCUCUUGUCUUGUUUGCUGUGCAAUUGUUCGCUCUUUUCCCGAUCCUGCGUCACCGGCUUCAGGUCACACCACAAGUUGCACAGAUCCUCUUCACCCUGACCCUUUGCGUACUGUCGUUCGCUCUAACGGUGCCUUUGUCCGUUUCGGUUGCCUACAUCUAUGCGGGCAUUUCGAUCACGGUGACGUUCGUUGCUCCGGGAGUCCUAGUCUGGGCACAGAAAUACAAAAAUGAGAUAAGAGGACCGUGGGAUGUCGCAGUUCCGAGACUUAAUUGAUAAUUGGAUACUGUUUAACACGUGGAACACACAACGUACUUCCUAAUUAUCUUUGUCCUCCGCCGAGCCUUCCGUCUUCGCGCAGGCGAAUGCCACGAGCCAAUAGUUCCAGACCUGUAUAAAGUGAGCCGCCGGCGAGUUACCGACUUCCGCAAUGCGGUAUUACCGCAUGCACAGCCAUCAGAUAGAGUGUUUUAAUCAUAAAAUAUAUUGUGCAACGAAG